AACCGAGAAGGAGAGGGGUUUUGCGAAGUGAAAGAGGACGAGACGGAUUGAGAGAAAUUGAGUGAGAAGAGUUUGUAAGCAGAAGGCAAACACCGUUUAGUUUUUUUUUUAUAUAUUUGAAAUCUCAAAUAUCAGUUACUAUCCGUUUCUUCUUUCCCGCCAUGGUGGCUCAGCUGGAGAAUCACCCCUCCCUCGACCAAGUUCAGAAGACCAAGACAUUGAUCUGUGCUCUCAAUCUUAUCUCCAGAAAUCUCCCUCUCCCUCCCGAGAUUUUUGACACUGUUUCCUCCAUCUAUAGUGCUGACGAUUUGGCCGAUGGUAUUGUGGAGGAUGCUGGUGGAGGUAAACCUCACGAUAAGGGCGACGACUGCCUCUCCGAGGACGAUUCGAAUGUCCAUAGAGUUUUGGAGGAAGGACAUUUAAUAACAGAGUUUGAAGAUGCACUGGUGAAGCAACGACCAAAUUGUGUGUCGAGUUUGGGGUUGAGAGAAUCGUGGGAAAGUCGUUUGGAAAACCAUAUUCAGCACCGUUUAACUGAGCUUGAAGAGUUGCCUUCAAGUAGAGGCGAGGACCUGCAAAUGAAGUGCUUGAUUGAACUAUAUGGCCUAAAGCUAGCAGAUUUGCAAAGUAAGGUUCGGACUGAAGUGAGUUCAGAGUACUGGCUGCGUGAAAAAUGUGCAUAUCCUGGCAAACAGCUAUUUGACUGGGGAAUGAUGCGAUUACGCCGUCCAUUUAUGUAUGGUGUGGGAGAUGCCUUUGCCAUGGAAGCUGAUGAACGGCUAAGGAAGAAACGGGAUGCAGAGAGACUAUCAAGGUUAGAAGAGGAGGAGAAGAACCGUAUGGAGACCAGAAAAAGGAAAUUUUUUGCAGAAGUUCUUAAUACAGCUCGUGAAUUCCAAAUGCAAGCACAAGCUGCCCUGAAACGCCGGAAACAAAGGAAUGAUGGGGUCCAGGCAUGGCAUGGAAGGCAAAGGCAGCGUGCUACACGAGCAGAGAAAUUGAGAUUCCAAGCACUGAAAGCUGAUGACCAAGAAGCAUACAUGAGGAUGGUUGAGGAGAGUAAGAAUGAACGGUUAACAAUGCUUCUUGGAAAAACUAAUGAUCUUCUUGUGUGCCUAGGAGCUGCAGUUCAAAGGCAAAAGGAUGCAGAACAUUUUGAUGGAAUUGAACCUUUGAAAGGCUCUGAAGAUGAUGAUGAUGCUUCUCAGUUGUCUACUUCUAAGAGUGAAACCCCUAGGGAUUUGCUCCCUGAUGAAGAUGUGGACUUGAUUGAUUUAGAUUCUGAUCGUCGUGGGAAGACAGGUGAUUUACUUGAAGGUCAACGGCAAUACAAUUCUGUUGUUCAUUCAAUUCAGGAAAAGGUCACUGAGCAGCCAUCUAUACUUCAAGGUGGAGAACUAAGACCGUACCAGUUGGAAGGUCUUCAGUGGAUGCUAUCUUUGUUCAACAACAAUCUGAACGGMAUUUUAGCUGAUGAGAUGGGGCUAGGGAAGACAAUUCAAACUAUUUCAUUGAUUGCAUAUCUCAUGGAGCACAAGGGUGUUACUGGGCCCCACUUGAUUAUUGCUCCAAAAGCUGUAUUGCCAAAUUGGGUUAAUGAAUUUUCAACAUGGGCCCCUAGUAUUGUGGCCAUUCUAUAUGAUGGCCGUCUAGACGAACGGAAGCUUUUGCGGGAAGAGUAUUCAGGAGAGGGAAAGUUCAAUGUAAUGAUCACCCAUUAUGAUCUUAUCAUGCGGGACAAAGCAUUCCUGAAGAAAAUUCACUGGCACUACAUGAUUGUUGAUGAAGGACAUCGAUUGAAAAAUCACGAAUGUGCUCUUGCACGAACACUUGUGACAGGCUACCGCAUUAAACGCAGGCUUCUAUUAACUGGUACACCAAUACAGAAUAGUCUGCAGGAGCUGUGGGCCUUGCUUAAUUUUCUCCUCCCCAGCAUUUUUAAUUCAGUGGAGAAUUUCGAGGAGUGGUUUAAUGCACCCUUUGCAGAUCGAUGCGAUGUUUCUCUUACAGAUGAGGAGGAGCUGUUGAUUAUUCGUCGUUUGCAUCAUGUUAUAAGACCAUUCAUACUGAGGAGGAAGAAAGAUGAGGUAGAGAAGUAUCUUCCUGGGAAAACACAGGUCAUACUGAAAUGUGAUUUGUCAGCAUGGCAGAAAGUAUAUUAUCAACAGGUCACUGGCUUGGGAAGAGUUGGUCUUGAUACUGGAUCAGGGAAAUCCAAGAGUCUUCAGAACCUGUCAAUGCAGCUAAGGAAGUGUUGUAACCACCCAUACCUCUUUGUUGGGGAAUAUAACAUGUGGCGCAAGGAAGAGAUUGUCAGAGCAUCAGGGAAAUUUGAGCUUCUUGACCGCUUACUUCCGAAGCUCCAAAGAGCAGGGCACAGGGUUCUGCUUUUCUCACAGAUGACUCGUCUCAUAGACAUUCUAGAAAUUUAUCUGCAACUGCAUGAUUUUAAGUAUCUCAGACUGGAUGGUUCAACAAAGACAGAAGAAAGAGGGACGCUGCUAAAGCAAUUCAAUGCACCAGAUUCUCCUUUUUUCAUGUUUCUUUUGAGCACACGUGCUGGUGGCCUUGGUCUAAACUUACAAACUGCAGACACUGUGAUAAUCUUUGAUAGUGAUUGGAAUCCUCAAAUGGAUCAACAGGCAGAGGAUCGGGCACAUCGCAUAGGGCAAAAGAAGGAAGUCAGGGUUUUUGUGUUGGUUAGUGUUGGCUCAAUUGAAGAGGUUAUAUUGGAACGUGCAAAACAGAAAAGGGGCAUUGAUGCCAAGGUCAUCCAGGCUGGGUUAUUUAAUACAACUUCAACAGCUGAGGACAGAAGAGAGAUGUUGCAGGAGAUCAUGCGGAGAGGUACAAAUUCACUAGGGACAGAUGUGCCGAGUGAGAGAGAGAUCAACCAUCUUGCAGCUAGAACAGAUGAAGAAUUUUGGUUGUUUGAGAAGAUGGAUGAGGAGAGGCGACAAAGAGAGAACUACAGAUCAAGGUUGAUGGAAGAUCAUGAGGUACCUGAUUGGGCAUAUUCUGUACCCGAUAAGGCAGAUAAAACCAAAGAUAUGGAACCUGACAGUGGCAACACCAUGGGAAAAAGACGGAGAAAAGAAGUGGUUUAUGUUGACACACUGAGCGACAUACAGUGGAUGAAAGCUGUUGAAAAUGGAGAAGACUUGUCCAAGCUUAUGACCAGAGGCAGGAGGAGGGAGCAUCUUCCUCCUGAGGCCAAUGAAUCAACCAGUGAUAACGGAGGGGGAGAGCAAAAAGUAUCAGAACCAACAAAUGACGAGUCUAUGACAGGUGAUGGUGCCACUGAAAAUUUCUCGAGUCGGACACCAAAGAGGCUCAAGAUGGGAUCCGUACAUUAUAACAAGCCUGAAUAUGAAAGUUCUGGAGACCGAGGUUGGAGUGGUGACAUCUUUACAUGGAAGACCCACAAGAGGAAGAGAUCAAGCAUUGGGUUUCCAAAUUCAUCAUCUGAUGCUAGAGGGCAGAGUUCCAACAGCAGCAGAGGGAACGGAUGGGCUUGAUUGAAAUUAGUCAAAACUAACACCUAAUCAAUGGACAGAUUUAUUUUUAUGUACCUUGUAACUUUCAGGAACUUUUGAUCCAGAAUGGGUGAUCCUCAUUUGAUUUCCCAGUUCUUCCAGUUCUUGAAAGAGCUUAAUUUUGACGCUUCUGUGGAUCAGGAAACUUGUUUUUGACCCUUUCAUUGGUGGCUCAUGCUAUUGCCCCCACUCAAUUCAUUUGUGAUAACAUGUAACAUUUUAUAAUGCAAAUAAUAGAUUCUUUUUUC